CGCGAUGGGCCGAAGCACCGAGAAUGAAUAUCCCGGUCUCAACCGGUUUGAACCGGUCCGGGUCUGAAGCAUGAGCUUAGGGGCAGAGCAGCACUCUCACAGCACGCAGUAAAACCCCUCUGCUGGUUCACAGAGACCACGGACACAGGCUGAAAUAUAACCCGACUUUAGGGAUUAUGAGCCGGGACACAUCUCUGAUUGUGACUCCUGGAACUUCUGCUAUUAGCCUAGCUUACGUUAGCAACGCAGAAUUAUCAUUGACUUUCCAUUAGCAUGCUAAGCUGCUAACAAUGCAGUGAGCUGUGAUCUCUGAGGAUCCAGAGAGAGAAAUGUGGAGCUGCUCGAAGACAGGAGACUUCAGACUGAGGGACUCGAAGGACAGGGUUUGAUUCUGGGACCAUUAGAGAGACCCCUGGAGGGGAGCGGAGAGAUCUGUGGGUGUCAAACAGGAAGCUAACGUUAGCAUAGCACAGGUUAGCAUCGGGGUUUGUGCCAUGAGAUAAUACCCAACAGUUUCUCUAAAGGCGCUGCAGGGACUCAGAAUCCGGAUCAGACCGACUAGCUGAGAGCUAGACUAUACUGGUUUUCAACGAGUGGAGCAGACACACAAGAAGCUCUAUGCCAGCAGAAAUGACGAUGUUGGCCGAUCACCCAGCCAGACAGCUGCUGGACUUCAGUCAAAAGCUUGACAUCACCCUGUUGGACAAUGUCGUCAACUCCAUGUACCACGACAUUGGAUCCCAGCAACGGAUGGCCCAGGAAGUCCUCACCAACCUCAAGGACCAUCCAGACGCCUGGACCAGGGUGGACACCAUCCUGGAGUUCUCCCAGAACAUGAAAACUAAAUAUUACGCGCUGCAGAUUCUGGAGACAGUCAUCAAAACACGCUGGAAGAUUCUCCCCAGAAAUCAGUGUGAAGGGAUCAAGAAAUAUGUCGUCGGUUUGAUCAUUAAGACGUCUUCUGAUCCUGCAAACAUGGAGAAGGAGGGAGUGUACAUCUCCAAACUCAACAUGAUCCUCGUACAGAUCCUGAAGCAGGAGUGGCCCAAACACUGGCCCACCUUCAUCAGCGACAUCGUGGGAGCGAGUCGGACGAGCGAGAGCCUCUGUCAGAACAACAUGAUCAUCCUCAAGCUGCUCAGCGAGGAGGUGUUCGACUUCUCCAGCGGACAGAUGACCCAGGUCAAGGCCAAGCACCUCAAAGACAGCAUGUGUAACGAGUUCUCCCAGAUCUUCCAGCUGUGUCAGUUUGUGAUGGAAAACUCCCAGAAUGCACCUCUGGUUCACGCCACACUGGAGACUCUCCUCCGCUUCCUGAACUGGAUUCCUUUAGGCUACAUCUUUGAGACCAAGCUCAUCAGCACGCUGGUCUACAAGUUCCUGAACGUUCCCAUGUUCCGCAACGUGACGCUCAAGUGUCUGACGGAGAUCGCCGGAGUGAGCGUCAACCAGUACGAGGAGCAGUUCGUCAACCUGUUUACCCUCACCAUGUGCCAGCUCAAACAGAUGCUGCCUUUGAACACCAACAUCAGACUGGCCUACUCCAACGGGAAGGACGACGAGCAGAACUUCAUCCAGAACCUGAGCCUGUUCCUCUGCACCUUCCUCAAAGAGCACGGCCAGCUCAUCGAGAAGAGGCCCAACCUGCGGGAGACCCUCAUGGAGGCUCUGCACUUCAUGCUGCUGGUGUCGGAGGUGGAGGAGACGGAGAUCUUUAAGAUCUGUCUGGAGUACUGGAACCACCUGGCAGCAGAGCUCUACAGAGAGAGUCCUUUCUCCACCUCCAGCACCCCGCUGCUGUCUGACGUCCCCCCACGCAGACACCUCUACCUGCCCGUGCUCUCACAGGUGCGUUUGCUGAUGGUGAGUCGCAUGGCCAAACCAGAGGAGGUUCUGGUGGUGGAGAACGAUCAGGGCGAGGUGGUCCGGGAGUUCAUGAAGGACACGGACGCCAUCAACCUUUACAAGAACAUGAGAGAGACUCUGGUCUACCUGACCCAUCUGGACUACGCCGACACCGAACGCAUCAUGACGGAGAAGCUCCACAACCAGGUGAACGGCACCGAGUGGUCGUGGAGGAACCUCAACAUGCUCUGCUGGGCCAUCGGAUCCAUCAGCGGGGCGAUGCACGAGGAGGACGAGAAGAGGUUCCUGGUCACCGUCAUCAAGGAUCUGCUCGGCUUGUGUGAGCAGAAAAGAGGGAAAGACAACAAAGCCAUCAUCGCCUCAAACAUCAUGUACAUCGUGGGUCAGUAUCCCCGGUUCCUCCGCGCUCACUGGAAGUUCCUGAAGACGGUGGUCAACAAGCUGUUUGAGUUCAUGCACGAGACCCAUGACGGCGUGCAGGACAUGGCGUGUGACACCUUCAUCAAGAUCGCCCAGAAGUGCCGGCGUCAUUUCGUGCAGGUGCAGGUGGGCGAGGUGAUGCCCUUCAUCGACGAGAUCCUCAACAACAUCAACACCAUCAUCUGCGACCUGCAGCCUCAGCAGGUUCACACGUUCUACGAGGCCGUCGGGUACAUGAUCGGGGCGCAGACGGACCAGGCGGUCCAGGAGCUCCUCAUAGAGAAGUACAUGCUGCUGCCCAACCAGGUGUGGGACAGCAUCAUCCAGCAGGCCACCAAGAACGUGGACAUCCUGAAGGACGCGGAGACGGUGCGUCAGCUCGGCAGCAUCCUGAAGACGAACGUCAGAGCCUGCAAAGCCGUCGGUCAUCCCUUCGUCGUGCAGCUGGGACGGAUCUACCUGGACAUGCUGAACGUCUACAAGUGCCUGAGUGAAAACAUCUCCUCGGCCGUCCAGAGCAACGGUGAGAUGGUGACGAAGCAGCCUCUGAUCAGGAGCAUGAGGACGGUGAAGAGAGAGACCCUGAAGCUGAUCUCAGGCUGGGUCAGCCGCUCCAACGACCCUCAGAUGGUGGGAGAGAACUUCGUGCCCCCCCUGCUGGAGGCCGUCCUCAUCGACUACCAGAGGAACGUCCCGGCCGCCCGAGAGCCCGAGGUCCUCAGCACGAUGGCGACCAUCGUCAACAAGCUGGGAGUCCACAUCACGGGGGAGAUCCCCAAGAUCUUCGACGCAGUCUUUGAGUGCACUUUGAACAUGAUCAACAAGGACUUUGAGGAAUUCCCCGAACACAGAACUCAUUUCUUCUACCUCCUACAAGCCGCCACCUCCCAGUGCUUCCCGGCCUUCCUGUCCAUCGCCCCGGCUCAGUUCAAGCUGAUCCUGGACUCCAUCAUCUGGGCCUUCAAGCACACCAUGAGGAACGUGGCCGACACAGGUCUUCAGAUCCUCUACACCCUCCUGCAGAACGUGUCUGGAGAGGAAGCAGCAGCACAGAGCUUCUACCAGACGUACUUCUGUGACGUCCUGCAGCACAUCUUCUCCGUGGUCACGGACACCUCACACACUGCAGGUCUGACCAUGCACGCCACCAUCCUGGCCUACAUGUUCAACCUGGUGGAGGAGGGGAAGGUGAGCAUCGCUCUGAACGCCGCCAGCUCAGCGAGCAACCAGGCGCACGUCCAGGAGUACAUCGCCAACCUGCUGAAGACGGCCUUCCCUCACCUGCAGGACGCCCAGGUGAAGGUGUUUGUAACGGGUCUGUUCAGCCUGAAUCAGGACAUCCCCGCCUUCAAGGAGCACCUGAGGGACUUCCUCGUGCAGAUCAAGGUGAGAGAGAGGAGGUCCUCACGUUAGCACACACCACCGGUU